AUGUUAGAAAGUUUUCUAGAGUAUUGUACAGAGGAGUAUUUGAUUUCUUGUCAAUCGAUCAGUAAUGAAAGUGAUGGAUUUUUGGAAUGUUGUCGUAAACGAGGAUUGCCGGAAGUAUGCUUACGGAAAUGCUCCUACGUUAAUUAUGACCAGAAUAUCCUUCGAAGAAUGCUCUUACAAGUAGAUCCAUGUCCUCUGUUAUCAGCUAGUGAUAUCCAUUUUUGUGCGGCGCAGGGUUAUGAUCAUCGGUAUUGCUGUAUCACGAAUGGAGUCACGACGACAUUUGCAGGACAGAAAUGCUUAAUAUUUUGUGAUCAGAGGACACAAAGUAGAACCAUUCUUGAUGUGUCAUAUUUGCCGUGUUUCGAACGUUUCGAAAAUAUAAAAGGAUGCUUUUGGCGUUGGGCUCGAAAACGCUACCAAUUGGAGGAAAUAUCAAAGAAAUCCGAAAUAGAUGAAUUGAGAACGAGCUCUGAUCAUAUGAUACAGUUGAGUACUGAACAGCCACCAUCACCAUUCAAUAAUUAUAAAUAA